GUCGUUGGGCUCUACGAUGAUGUUGUCCCAGCAGCAACAUCACCACCAUCAUCAUAACAUGUUGUCGCUGUUCAACUUUUUGGACGUGCCGUGCAGCAGCAGUCCACCUCUGGCUGCUUUGCACACCAUGACCGAGAUGAAAAACGGAUGCACGGCGGGUAACCCACACGGUAUCGAACAGAUAUUGUCGCGGCCGCCGACCACCGGGGCAGCGGCCGCUAUCAGCCACCAGCAACGAGCGUUCAACAGCGUGGCCGGCAUAGCGGCCGCCGGUAUGGCUGCGGCAGCAUCAUACUUCCACAACGGCGGCGUCAAGCAUCCGGCCACCACGUUGGCCGACCUCACCACCAGGAACCUCUACUGGCCGGGCUUCCAAGGGCUGGUCAAUAACCCGAUUGCCUGGAGGGACAGGCUGGCUAGUUUGAACAAUUCAAACCAAGAGAAGGACGGCAAGAAGAAGCAUACGAGGCCCACGUUCAGCGGGCAACAGAUCUUCGCGCUCGAGAAAACUUUCGAGCAGACUAAGUACCUGGCUGGUCCGGAACGGGCGAAACUGGCGUACGCGCUGGGCAUGACCGAAUCUCAAGUGAAGGUGUGGUUCCAGAACCGAAGGACCAAGUGGCGGAAAAAGCACGCUGCCGAGAUGGCCACGGCCAAGAGGAAGCAAGAAGAGGCCGCAGACGAGAGUGACGAAGACGAAGACAUGCGUGACGACAGUGCGGCCAAACGGCUCAAAAGGGAAUUGGCCGCGCACUACGGAGGUGGUGGCGGCGGAGGCGGCGGUGGCGGCGGCAUCGGUGGAGGUAUAUAGCAUCAGGCUUGGCCAGGAGUCGGCCACCCUGGUACCUUGGACCUGAAGACUCACGAAUAAAUCUGUCGAGAUGCGAGCAUAUACCUGUCUGUAUAGGUACAUUGAUAACCGCGCACGCUGUACACAAUUUUAUUCCGACGAAGAUGAUGAUGAUAAUUAAUAUUAUUAUUAUUUAUUAUUUGUACAUUUCUAUAUACUUAUAUAAGUACAUAAAUAUUUUAUACAUAACUUUAUUAUUAUAUAUAAUACAUAAAACUUAUGCCUAUCCAAAACGUCUAGUCAUCGCAUAAUUUUUUUUUUUUUUUUUUAGGUAUAUUUGUGCAUAUUAUUGUUAUUAUGUAAACAUUUAGAGAGCAAUAUAAUAAUUACGGUAUAGGUAUCAUAAUAUUUUAAUAUUAAGUAUAUAGCGCCGUUCUGCAUAUCCCCAUCGGUCCUUUAUCACUUAAUCUAUAGUUGGCAUUAUUUACAGAGAAUAACAUAUUGUGGUGGAUGGACAGUCUUACGUUUUUUAUUUAUACGUCAAAUCUCCGCGAUACACUAUGUGUUUAAUACACGCGUAUUACUACGACGUAGUCCGCGGUGUGUACGAUUUUUGUUUUUGUUACUUUUGUUUAUUCAGUCCCCCCUCCCCUACCCAAUUACCCCAUUGUAUAGCAUUGUCCGCCCACACGUAUACAACGCUUCGAUGACGAUCAUUAUUAUUAUUAUUAUUAUUAUUAUUAUCUCGAUAAUUAAUAUUAUGUAUGACCUUUAUUAGCUUUUUUUUUGCCCGCCGAUCAUUACAAUUAUAUUAUAUAAUUAUACAACACUUACCUACUUGGUAAUAAUGGUACAUUUUAUGUAAUGUACAAGUAUGUUUAAUGUAUAUGUACUAAAACUACUAAAAUAUAAGUAAAUACGUUUUUACGAUUUUGUUUACGGCUUGUAAUAUCUGUUGUAUAAUAAUAUGUCGGGAGUAAACGGUUUUAAUAAUAAUUUAAAAUAAUAAUAUAACUUGUAAUUACAAUGUGAAUAUACUAUGAUAUUAUAUCCCCCUUUAAAUACGUUGUAUAUAUUAUAUUUAAUGAUUGUUAAUAAUAUUAUUUAUUUAGCGAAGGUACGUUUGGAUAAUCGUUUGCACUUAUAUACACACAUGUACGGUUAUACUUAAUUUACCACUAAACCUUAAGUUAAACAAAUCAUGUAAUCUUUAAACGAAAAUAAGUGAAAUGUUGAUUUAAAAAGACAUAAUAUUAUUAUAUA